AUGUUAUCAUCGAAACUACGUGAACGAUCUUUAUGUCUUAUAAAUUUCGAUAAUCUUGAUUCAACAUUUCAACCAUGGCUAACAAUUUCAGAUGCUAAAUUUCAUCCUGAUGUUUGUACACUUUAUUGUCAAUCUAAUAUAAAUCCUAUUCAAUCAAUUCAAACAAAUUAUUUACCACCAUUUAUAUCCUAUUUAUGGCCAUUAAUAUAUCAUGGUGCUAAUGUUUGGGCUGUUGAUCAUCCAACAACACGAGAAAUAACAAGAGUAAAAUUUGUUUUAAAAUAUGAUUUAUUAAUAUGGAAUAUUUUCUAUCGUUCAACAAAUAUUAAUUCAUCAUUAAAUUCAAAUAUUGUUUAUCCAAAAGUAUUAAUUCUUGCACCCGAUUGGUUUACUUGUGAAAAUACAUAUAAACAUUUAUCUAAUGUUAAUACAGAUAUAUUAAAAAAAAUAAUAAUAUGUUGUAUUUAUGAAGGACGAAAUAUUGAAAAUGAAUUAUAUAAAAAAUUUUUAACACAAGGUUGUGAUCUUUUAAUAGCUACACCAACUAUUGUUAAUGAUUUAAUACAAAAACGUUAUAUACAUUUUGAACGACUUGAAAUGAUUGUUUAUGAUCAAUUUGAUCUUCUUCUUCAAACAAUUGAAUCAAUAAAUGAAAUAUUAAAUCUUAUUGAAUUACAUAAAAAUAAAAUUACAUCUAUUCAACAUUUUUUUCUAUCUCGUAUUGUAAAUCAACAAACAAAAAAUUUUAUUUAUGAACAUUUUUCAUCAAAUAAAAAUUAUUAUUAUCUUUCAUCAUCUAUGAUGGAAACACAUACAUAUAAAAAUUUUUUUGUCUAUUGUGAACCAUGUCGAAAUUGGACUGAUCGUAAAUAUAUUAUUAAAGAAACAUUAGAUUUAGCAAUACAUUGUCAAAAAAAAAUUGUUAUGUGUGCACAUCAAAUACGUCGUUUAGCAACAAUGCAAAGUAUACUUAAUGAUUUAUCAAUACAAUCAAUAUUAAUACAUUCACAAUUAACUAAUGAUGAAAUUCAACAAUAUAUAUAUGAAUGGCAAACAAUAAAUGAUCGUUUAUUAAUAUUAUUAAUUCAAGAUGAUAUAUUAAAUGAUAUUACAAUUGAUAAUACAGAUAUAAUUAUACAUCUUGAUAUUCAACGUUUUAUAUGGUAUCAAUUAUAUAAUCAACGUAUGAAAUUAAUACAUAAACAUUUAUUAAAUAAUAAUAUUAAUAUAAAUAAUAAAAUUAAAAAAAUUGAAUUAACAUCAAUAAAAUUAAUUGAAAAAUUUUAUCAAUUAAAUACAUUAAUAAAUAUACCAUUAAUUGUUAUAUUAUGGCCAGGUGAUUGUGCACAAGUAACAUAUGAUUUAAUUGAUUAUAUAAAUAAUUCAAAUAAUUAUUUACAUCCAUUAAUUGAACGUUUAGCUAAAAAUAAUUGUUAUGAAUCAUUACAAGCUAAAAUUAAUGUUGAAUUAUGUCCAACAUUAAAAAUGUUUGGACAAUGUUUAAAUGAAAAAAUUUUAAAACGUUGUCCAUAUAGACAUCAUUUUCAUUAUGAUGUUGAUUAUAUUGAACAACAAGAUAAAAAAAAUGAAAAUUUUUUAACUGAUUCAUAUGAAUUAUGUUUACCUAAUAAAGGUGAAAUUGAAUUACGUAUAACACAUGUUAGUGAUGGUAAUCGUUUAUGGGCAAAUAUAUUACGUACAAGAAAUGAUAUUAAUCAAACAUUAAUUAAAAUAUUUGAUUAUGAUUUAUUUUAUAAACAAAUUGAAAAUGGUUUUAAUUAUGUUAAAAAUCAACCAUUAAGUGAAAUAACACCCGGUGAAAUUUAUUUUUAUAUUGAUAAUUAUAAUAAAAUACAUCGAGUUUAUGUCUAUGAACAAGAACAUACUUAUUUUGAUAUAAGAAGAGCUGAUUCAAUUUUAAAUAGAUUAUUAAAAGUAUCAAAUACUAUAAUAAAUAAAGAAAAUAUACAAGAUACAAAUAAAUCAAUAUCAACUAUUAAUGAAAAAAAUUCAUCUCUUACAACAGUCGAUCAUCCUACAUUAGUUGUUUUCAGUCUUGAUACUGGUAUAACAUUUACAUUAAAAUCUAAUGAAUAUCUCUAUCCUAUUGAACCAUCAUCAUUAAAACAAUAUCCACCAUUAGCAACUGAAAUAAUCUUAUGUAAUAUAUGUCCAUUAGAUAAAAUAACAAUGACAUUUACACCAUUUACAAUUGAAACUGUUCGUUCAUUAACAUUAAAUGAAAUAUUUAUGGGACGAAUUAAAUUAGCAACACGUUCAUGUUUUUGGAUUGAUCCACUUGUUAAACCAGUUCGUUUAGCUGCACUUAAACGUGUUGCAUAUGAUAAACCAAUACGUAAACAAUUGAUUUUAUCUAAACUUGUUCAAUCAAAUGAUAAUCAUAUGAAUUUACUUGAACGUAUGGCUAUGACAGCUAAACUUAGUGAAUUAACAAUAUCUAAUCAAGAAAAAGAAGAAGAAAUCAAUGAACAAUCAAAAUUCUUAAUAAAAUCUAAUGAACAAAAUAUAAUUAAAGAAGAGAUCAAUAAACAAUCAAAAUCAAUAAUAAAAUCUAAUGAACAAGAUAUAAUUAAAGAAGAGAUCAAUAAACAAUCAAAAUCAAUAAUAAAAUCUAAUGAGCAAGAUAUAAUUAAAGAAGAAAUCAAUGAACAAUCAAAAUCAAUAAUAAAAUUUAAUGAACAAGAUAUAAUCAAAGAAGAAAUUAUUGAAGAUUUUUUACCUGUAUUUAAACCAUUUUGUAAUCGUAGUGGACAACUUAUUAUUAAUCCUGUUGGUCGAUCAAAACAAUUUUUUAUAAAACAUAAUCAAGAAUUACAAAAUUUUGAUUUUGUUAAAAGAAUUUCUUCAGAAAUUAAUGAUGUACAAUCAACUAUAGAAAACAAUAAUACUAUUGAUCGAUAUAUUCCACUUGGUCGUGGACAUAAAAUACAUACAGAAUCAUCAUCAUCUUUAGUAAAAAAUAUUCUUCUUUCACCACCACCAUCAAUAUCAAAUACUGGUGAUUUUCAACAUUCCGAUGAAUAUUCACCAUUUCAAACAUUAGUAAAUAUUCAACAGUCAUCAAUUGAUUCAAAUGUAACAACACCAUCAGAAGUUGAACCAAGUAAAAUGAUACAAUGUGAAACAAAAACUGAACAAAUUGAAGAACAAGAAGAAGAUGAAAUAUUUGAGGAUACUACUGAUACAAUUCCUAAUCCAGAAUCAUCAAUACCAACAACAACAACAACUAUUAAAUCAUUAGAAUUAGAACAAGAAACAAUUGAUGAUAAUGAUCAAAUGAUGUUUAUCUUUGGACCAAAAUUAUUUUCUCAACUUCGUCAAAUCAAAGAUAUGGAAGAUGAACAACGUCGUCAAGCAGAUUUUCCUGUUCAACGUAAUCGUAAUCGUCAUAUGCGUAAUAAUAAUAAUAAUUUGAAAUCAAACAAUCAAGAUAAUAAUAAUAAUAAUGAUGAUAUAAACAAUGAAAUAAAUGAACAAAAAAUUCCUGUACCAAAUAUGAGUCGUUAUGAACCAUUUAUUGAUGAACGUGGUCCAUUAACACAAGAACAAAUUGAUUAUAAACAAACACAACGUAAAACACGUCUUUUUUGGGAACAAACAUCACGAGAUAUUUAUUUAACAAUUGGUUUUUAUAAUGUUGAUUCGACACAAACACGUGUCGAAUUUGAAAAAAAUUCAAUUUAUUGUCGAACAAAAAUUCGUACAUAUGAUCGUUUUGUACGAAUAUAUUUAGCUUAUGAUAUUAUACCAGAAAAAUGUUUAUUUCAAGUACGUCGUUCAAAUAUAUUAUUAACAAUACGUAAAGCUAAUGAAGGUUUUAUGUGGACAACAUUAACAAAUCGACCAAUUGAACCACGACCAGAUUUUUUUAUUAUUGAUUAUGGUUCAGAUGAUGAAUCUGAUACAGAAAAACGUCGUCGAACUGUUAAUCAACAAUGGGAACAAAUACGUGAUGAUAAACGUCAAUUAAAAUUAAAUGAUGAUAAUAAAUAUCUUAUUGAUGACAUUGAUGAUGAUGAUCAUCAACAACAACAACAACAACAACAAAACGAUAAAUUAAAUAAUAUUGAUGAUGAUAAUAAUAAUAAUCAACAAGAAUUAACUGAUACAUCAUCCGGUUGUCAUUCAACUGAUUCAGAUGAUUGUUAUUAUGAAGAUCAAGUACCAGCUAGUCAUAUACCACAAGGUUAUGAUGAAGCUGAUUAUGAUCAUCGUUUUUAUGGACAACAAAUACGUUCUUAA